CCGUGUGUGCCCGCGAGUUCUCGACAAAACCUGGCCGUUUUCUACAUUUUACCCCUUGAAAUAUACCGGAAAGGUAUUCUUUUACUUUUCCGAGUUUUCGUUUUCAAUCCGCGGUCGAAAAUUCGAAAUCGAAAAUAGUCAUGAAAUUCUAGUCAAGUGUAGAAAGACGAAAUACUGAAAAUAUUAACUCAACAAUCGUUCGCCUUUCUUGGUCACGCGCCAUCUGGAUUCGUAUUAUUCGGAACGCCAUGGAUAACCAUGGACCUAAAAAAUGUAAUAAGUCGCCGAAAUGUUGAUAAUCGGAAAAAUCUAUUUUCAAAACAGGACGAAAAAAUGUUCCUUUUUCUGGCAAAGUGACUUUUUGAGAUUGAUUUUAAUGAGGAAAAUGGCUUGGGAUUUUCUGGGAUCCAGAGGAACAUAACCUCAAUAUUAAUUUUGGAAAAUGAAUGUUUCCAAUACUUAUAAAAAAUUCAAACGUUUUGUGGUGGAAAGUGGCAAAUCUUUUGAUAUUCCUUCAAAAAUAAACAAUAGUGGUGGUGUUUUGAGAAAAUCCACGGAUUUUAAGUGUCAGAAAAUUGAAAAAGAUACGCGGAAAAGCGAGAAACUUCUUCUACGAGAAGUGACACCUGGAAAGAAUAAUGCUUCGUUUUCGGAAAACCAGUUGUCCUUGUGUUCGGAAACUGAUAUUCAACCGAUAGCACUUUUUGAGGAAGCGAAAUUAGAAAAGUCGGAACAGAAUUAUGCUUUUGAGACUACAAAAUUACAAUCUGAACAAGACGUAAUUACAAUUUUAGAAAACCGAGACCACAACUACGGAGUCAAAAUGAACAAUCGGUCCGCAGACAACCGAAUUGCUUCUCCAAAAAUCUCUCAAUUUCACAAUUACUCUUAUCCCUCACCGUCGCAAAAAGAUCAAACCCCGAAUCAAAUAACAAAUAUAAGAGAUUUAAAAAAAAACACCCCCCGAGUUAAACUCCUGAACCAGGAAUCUCCGACUCUUCAACCAUUAAAAAAAGUAAAUUCCCCCCAAAUGAGAGUCGAUCCAACUCCCGAGGAUUCGAUGAAAAAAGAACUGAAGAAAUAUUGUCGAACCUGCGCCGGAAUAAAGCUGCCCCUCACUGAUAUUUUCAGCGAAAAGGGAAUUCAGAUGAAGCUCAGCCAGCAAAUUAGACACCUAGAAAAUAUCAAAGAAACCGAUUCCCUGUCCACACAAAUGUGCAUGGACUGCAUUUGUGACCUAAAAAUGAGUUACACCUUUUUCAUGCAGAUUAAGAAAGCCGAGAAUAAAUUGAAAUCAAUCCAGGCGAAAUUGCUCGAAACUGCAAAAGCGAAUUGGAAAGUUCAAGAGGAGGCAACGAAAAUGAAUCAUCCUUUAAUUCAGCAUGAUCCUGCCAAUUUGAAGAAUAAUGGCCCUCGAAUUUCGGCCGUAUUUUCCACCAAAGAUUCGCCCAACUGGGAAACGGAUCCAGUUCCAAAAGUCAAGUGCGAACCUGGAGUUUCGGAGGCUGAGGAAUUUGAGAAAGUCCAGGAGGUGGAGAAAGUUCAGGAGGCUCAAAAAGUGCAGAAGGUUCCGAGUGAUAACGAAUCUUUGGAAGAAUUUGAUCCCGACGAUCCUCCCUUUCAUCCGCCGAGUGGAGAAGAAAAUGCAGAAGGUGAGCCGAAACUUGUAAAUCCUGUGAAGAAGGAUCCAAAAAAAGGAACUGCAACUUCUGCCCUCAAAUUGGAUAAGAGCACGAAAGCGGAUAAGGAGAUGGAGAUGAAAGAGGAGAAUUUAAAGCGGAAAUUGUCCGAGGGUAAUGAUGACAAAUUGUCAAUGUUGAAAGCGAUUGGACCCAAAGAAGCGAAAUUACGAAAGCUGAAUGUAAAUGAGGCAUUGAAUAUCAAAAAAGAGGAGAACGGAGUCAUGUAUGUGACGGUGCGUGGCGCAAAACCCAAUGAACUGCUUCUGGUGAAGGUGAAAAAAAUGGAGAAGGGCGAGAAGAGUAAAUCUGCAUGCAAGAAAGAGAGUCUCAAGGAGAAGGAAAAUCCAUUUGUGGAUCGAUCCCUGGAACAGAAGGGACAGAUAAUAGAGGAGCAGAUCGAGGAAUACAAAAAGAAGAGGGAGAAAGUUCUGGGACCCUCAGCCCAGAAUGACACGACCGUGAUAAUGCCUGAAGAUGUUCGAGUCAAGAAGGAGACUUUUUACAUCAAGGGAAGAGAAGUGCAGUCUGAUGAAUUUCAUCAACAUAUACCCCUAGAAAUUUCAAAUAAGAAGGAACUGCUGAAAGAAGUGUUGGAGAUUAAGAAAGAGAAGCCGGAGAAAAGUGGGAAGAUUGUGAAGAAUAAGGAGCCGAAGCCAAAAGUUUACAACAAUCCCGAGGAUUAUAAUUUGCGGAUUGAGACAGUGAAGAAUAAAUGGGAGGAUAAGCAGCGAAAGGAUUGGGAGGAGGCACAUCCGGGAAUUGAGAAUCCGGUCGAUCGGUUGAAACGAAUUUUGGGUGACUUGAGCGAGGGCGAGAAUCUCCAGGAAUUUAUUGAAAAUCUGCAGCAGCGAAAAAUGGUGAUUGCCAAAUUGUGCGAUGACGAUAUCGUCGCUUUUUUCAAGGACCGAAUCAACGCCCGGAAACUAGUCUCCGAGCCGGAGUCUUCCGACCUUGAGGAGAAAAUCGAAGUGCCUUUUCUUGACUUGAUUGAGUGUGAUUUUUGCUUUCUCGCAUUCGCGACCAAGGAGGUGUGCGACGAGCACAUGAAAAUUCACGACAAGCGAAUUCUCCAUUAUUGUGAGGAUUGUAACGAGGAGUUUCCGGUGCUGAGACUGAAGAAAAAUCACAAUGUGAUUUGCAUCAGGAAAUUGAUUUGCAAGUAUUGUGACUUGAUGUUGGACUCGAAGGGCAAGAAGCGACAGCACGAGCAGAAGCACUGCGACAAUAUUCAUGGACAACUCUGCGAGUACUGUGGCGAGAAGUUCAAGCAUCAGGGCACCUUGGAUCAGCAUGUGAAGUCGCGACACAUGAGUCUGGAGAAGAUUUUUCAGUGUCCAAAGUGUCCGAAAAAAUUUGCUUUUAAAACGAAAUUGAGCUUUCAUUUGAAGAGUGUGCACACGGCAUUGCGGGCCUUUUUGUGCGAGGAUUGCGGAGCGGAUUUUAAAAAUCCGGCGAGUUUGCGACAUCACAGGAUAAGGAAGCAUCAGCCGAGUGGAAAUAAGAAGGAAUGCCCGGUUUGCAGGAAGCUGAUACCGCUUUAUAGUUUGAGCAAACACAUGCACACGCAUAAGGCUUAUACGAUCAAGUGUCCGCACUGCGACAAAAUGUUUAAAAAUACGUCGACGUUGAAGCAGCAUGUGAGAAUUCAUGAGGAUCAGAGACAGUUCAGGUGCGACACUUGCGGAGUUGGAUUCAACCGACGAGACGGUCUUCGUCUCCACAUGAAGGUCCACGAAAAGUCGGACAGUCGCGGGCUCAAGGAAUGCGCCUGUCAAAUAUGUGGCGAGAAAUUCCCGAAUCACUCGAUGCUCGUCAUCCAUCGCAAUCGUGUUCACAAAGACGGAAGAAAUUACACCUGUCACAUUUGCAACAGAUCGAUGAUUUCCACACGAUCUCUCGAGUGGCAUUUGGCUCACAUUCACAACGAGUCGCUGCCGGGCAUCAUCAAGGAGGAGUCGGACGGUUCCGGCGAAACGAAACGCGUCUGCUGCUUCCACUGCGACAAGACUUUCAAAACCGAGAUGAUUCUGAGGACGCAUAUAAAAAAUGCCCAUAUGGAGAAGGAGCCGGUCAAGUGUCUCGACUGCGAUUUGACGUUCACGAGUGAAGUUCGACUCCGCCAUCAUAUGAUGGUAACGCACAAUCGACUUGAGGGCACUCUCCAGUGUCCCCAUUGUCCGAAGAGAUUUGUCAAUCAGUUGAGACUGAAGACGCACAUGAUUUCGCACUCGGAGGAGCGACCCUACACGUGCGAGAUUUGCGGAUUUAAUCUCAAGACGAAGAUUCAGUUGAUCAAGCAUCAUCAGAAUCGGCACAGCGACGAGCGACCUUUGCAGUGUCGACACUGUCCUUGGAGAUGUAAACAGGUGAGUGCGCUCGUUUGCCAUGAGAGGACUCACACGAACGAGCGUCCUUAUUUCUGCAGCGUCUGCAGGCAAAGAUUCAAGUACCUGGGUGAUAAAAAUAAGCACGAGAGACGCCAUGAAGCGCUUGGAGGUGCCGGAUUUAAAAGAAUUAUUACAACGAGAGGAGGGACAAAACGAUCGGGACGUAAGGAAGAGGGCAACGGGGAUACUUCGAAUUCCGAGCAGGAUCAAAUCGAGGAACAAAUGGAGGAAGAAUUGGAAAUGGAAUCGAGGCUUGUGGACUACGAGGUUGACGACGAGAAUGUUAAACUUGAGCAACACGAGGAAGGCACAGAAGACGACAAUGAGUACUCUAAUUACCAGCAGGAUUACGAAGAAACUUCGAGAGAAGCGUCGGAUGCGACGGAGGUGAUGAUGAGCAUGGAAGAUACGGCGGUUUAUACAGAAGAAGUAACAGCAGAAAAUGCAGAAACUAUCGAGACAACACACAUAAUUGAGGACGAAAUAAUGGCAAACGAAAUUCUCCAAUCAGGAACCGUCGUUCAUAUUGAACAGCAUGACGAGGAGGGAAAAAUCCAGGUUAUUCCUGUCGUUCUUUCACUUCCUGAUUUAACUGGAGAAAAUUCGGAAGUUAAUCUGGCAACAGCUUCUAUAAUGUAUAAUAACGAAGAGUGUAAUUAAAAUCACUCUUUAUAGCUUUUCGUCAUCGGAUUAAUUAUCAAAUUAAAUAAUUGAGCACUCGAUGAAUAAUUUUGAGGUAAAUAAUUUGCUUGGUGUAGUUUAUUUUCCAAACAACUUAAAAAGGGUGGCGCUCCAGUUGAAAAAUAAAACUGAGUGUUGGAAUUUAUCUGAUUUUUCUUUUCAGCCAAUAAUCUCAUUUUCGGAAGAAAAAAAAAAAAAAGUGGCGUUUAUAUCUCUUUGGAACGAUACCCUUCAAUUGUGAUAAUUUUGAGACGUUGUAAAAAGUACUUCUUAUUGUGGGAAUUAUUUUGUUUGAUCAGAAAAAAAAUUUCGUUUCUGAGGUUUCGCUCAAUGUUAAUUAGGUUGGAGUACUUGGAAUCAAUUUGAAAGAAUUUUAAAGGCUGAGAUUCUAUUUAUUUAUUCCACGUGAAAUAAAUAUGAAAUAUGUAAGUUUAGUUAUUUAAGAAGUAAGGAUAUUUGAGAAUAAAACGAGUUUGGUGUUUUGGACUGC